AUGUCGAUUGAUUUUCCUCGGGAGGAGGAGCGCAUUCUCGCACGCUGGAAGGAAAUCGAUGCUUUCCUAAGGCAGGUUGAGUUGUCGAAAGGCAAGCAGCCGUAUACCUUUUACGAUGGCCCGCCAUUCGCGACUGGUAUGCCCCACUAUGGGCACCUUUUGGCGUCCACGAUCAAGGACAUCAUUCCGCGGUACUGGUCUAUGAAGGGCCGCUACGUCGAGCGUCGGUUCGGUUGGGAUACUCAUGGCGUGCCCAUCGAGUACGAGAUUGACAAGGAGCUGGGCAUGUCAGGACGCGAUGCUGUGCGUGAGAUCGGAAUCGCCAAGUACAACGAGAAGUGCCGGGCGAUUGUCAUGCGAUAUGCGACGGAAUGGAGGGCGACCAUUGAUCGCCUAGGCCGCUGGAUCGAUUUCGACAAUGACUACAAGACUAUGGAUACUAGUUUCAUGGAGACAGAGUGGUGGGUCUUCAAGCGCCUGUUUGACAAGGGCGCCGUGUAUCGCGGUUUCAAGGUCAUGCCCUACAGUACAGCAUUGGCCACACCUCUUAGCAACUUCGAGGCCUCGCAGAACUACAAGGACGUGCAAGACCCGGCAGUUGUAGUCACAUUCCCGCUCGUGGAAGACCCGAACACGUGCCUGUUGGCAUGGACCACUACGCCAUGGACACUCCCGUCGAACACCGGUCUUUGCGCGCAUCCCGAUUUCGAAUACGUCAAGAUCCUCGACGAAGCUUCCGGCAAGCACUACAUUCUGCUUGAAUCCCUGAUGAAGACGCUCUACAAAGACCCGAAGAAGGCCAAGUUCAAGAUUGUGGAGAAGAUAAAGGGCAAGGACAUGCUGGGCUGGAAGUACGAGCCCCUCUUUGACUACCUCUACGAUGAGUUCAAGGACUACGGCUUCAAGGUCCUAAACGAUACCUAUGUCACAGCCGAUGGCGGUGUUGGUAUUGUCCACCAGGCGCCUGCAUACGGAGAGGACGAUUACCGCGUCGGUCUUGCACACGGCGUCAUUUCAGACACCCGAACACCACCAAACCCGGUCGACGACCAGGGUCGCUUCACUGCCGUCGUUCGUGACUUCGAGGGCCAGCAUGUCAAGGCAGCAGACAAGGGCAUUAUCAAGCACCUCAAAGGAACCGGACGCUUGAUUGUCGAUUCGCAGCUUCUCCAUAGCUACCCCUUCUGCUGGCGGUCCGACACUCCCUUGAUUUACCGCACAGUUCCCUCGUGGUUCAUCAAGAUCCAGGACAUUGUCCCACAAAUGCUGGAAAACAUUGCGGGUUCUCACUGGGUACCUUCUUUUGUCAAGGAGAAACGCUUUGCCAACUGGAUCACAAACUCACCCGAUUGGGCUGUGUCAAGAAACCGUUUCUGGGGUACCCCACUUCCUAUCUGGGUCGGUGAUGAUGGAAAGGAGGUUGUAUGCAUUGGGAGCGUAGAGGAGCUGAAGAAGCUUAGCGGAUACGAGGGUGAGCUCACAGACAUUCACCGCGACAAGAUCGACCACAUCACCAUUCCUAGCAAAGACGGCAAGGGUGUUUUGCGGAGAACAAACGAGGUUUUUGACUGCUGGUUUGAGUCGGGCUCUAUGCCGUACGCCAGCGCUCACUACCCGUUUGAGAACGUGGAGCAAUUUGAGAAGUCUUUCCCUGGUGAUUUCAUUGCUGAGGGUCUAGACCAAACUCGUGGCUGGUUCUACACCCUUACAGUGCUCGGAACACAUCUUUUCGGCAAACUGCCUUUCAAAAACUGUGUCGUCAACGGCAUCGUGCUUGCAGAGGAUGGCAAGAAGAUGUCGAAGCGCCUCAAGAACUACCCAGAUCCUACCCUGAUUAUGAACAACUACGGCUCUGACGCGCUGCGGUUAUAUCUCAUUAACUCGCCCGUUGUUCGUGCCGAAACGCUUCGAUUCAAGGAGGCAGGCGUCAAGGAGAUUGUCUCCAAGGUCCUACUACCUCUCUGGAAUAGUUACCAGUUCUUUGAGCAGCAGGUGACACUGCUAAAGAAGGUCGCUGAUCUGGACUUUGUUUUUGAUCCAGCGGCUGGAAAGACGAAUGCCAAUGUCCUUGAUCGGUGGAUUUUGGCCUCCUGCCAAUCGCUCCUGAAGUUUGUGAACGAGGAGAUGGCGGCUUACAGGCUAUACACUGUAGUUCCUCGACUACUUGAGCUCAUCGACAAUACAACGAACUGGUACAUCCGCUUCAACCGUCGUCGAUUAAAGGGUGAACAUGGUCUGGAGGACACCAAACAUGCGCUCAACACUCUCUUCGAAGUUCUCUACACACUCUGCCGCGGUCUCGCACCCUUCACACCAUUCAUCACCGAUAACAUCUACCUCCGGCUAUUGCCUCACAUCCCUAAGGAACUGCACGCAGAAGACAACCGGAGUAUACAAUUCCUACCUUUCCCAGAAGUGCGCGAGGAGCUGUUCGACGAGGCCGUUGAACGUCAAGUCAAGCGCAUGCAGUCCGUCAUUGAGCUUGGCCGCAUCUGCAGAGACCGUGCCAACAAGGGAUUGAAGAUUCCUCUGAAGACAUUAGUGGUCAUUCAUCCCGAACAACAAUAUCUCGACGACAUCAAGUCGUUAGAAAACUAUAUCCUGGAAGAGCUGAAUGUUCGGGAUAUAGUCCUGUCAAGCGACGAGGAAAAGUACAACGUCCAGUACUCGGCAUCGGCAGACUUCUCAGUACUUGGCAAGAAGCUGAAGAAGGACGCUAUCAAGGUCAAGAAGGCGCUACCAAACCUCACGAGUCAGGAGAUCAAGGACUACCUCAAGAGUGGCGAGAUCGUUGUAGAUGGCAUCAAACUGGAGGCUGAAGAUCUGAUGGUCAAGCGUGGUCUUGCCAAGGACUCCGGCAACAAGGACCAGGAGUUCAACACCGACAACGAUGUUCUGAUCAUCCUCGAUGUCGCCUCAUAUCCCGAGCUCGAGCAAGAGGGACUUGCGCGAGAGGUUAUCCGCCGUGUGCAAGAUUUGAGGAAGAAGGCUGGGCUGGUGCCGACUGACGAUGUAGGCAUGGAGUACCGAGUGCUGAGCGACCCGGAGAAUGUGGGCUUGGAGAAGGCUUUUGAGAACCAGGGGCCGUUGUUUGAAAAGGCACUGCGGCGAAACGUAGACAAGCACGUGAUUACGGAGGUCGAAGGCAAGAUCCCAGAGAACAGCAAUGAGAAGGUGAUUGCUGAAGAGGAGCAAGAGCUUCAUAAGGCGACCUUUAUGCUUCGGUUGAUCAAGCUGUGA